AUGGACGACAAACAUGAGUCACCCCGAACCACCAACAUCCCAUACUGGCGGCUGGUGUUUGAGCGGGGCGUGGUCACCCAGGAGAUCAUUGACUACCCAUACCCGGGUUCCGGAACCGAGCAAGACCCGUACGUCGUGAGCUGGAUCCCUGAUGACCCUCGCAAUCCAAUGCGCUUCAGCCAGUGGACGAAAUGGACCAUCACGAUGUCAGCGGCUAUUGCAACCCUGGCGGUCUCGCUGGACUCAUCUGCAUUUACAGGCGGCGCUGCACAGAUCCAGGAAGAAUUCCAUAUCAGCACCGAGGUCGUGACGUUGGGGGUUUCACUGUUUGUCCUAGGUUUCGCAAUUGGACCCUUGCUAUGGGCGCCGCUCAGUGAGCUCUUCGGCCGGCAACCGCUCUUCAUUGGCACCUACUGCGCCUUGACAGCAUUCAACUGUGGCGCCGCGGGUGCUCAAAACAGCUGGACCCUUAUGAUCAUGCGAUUCUUUGCUGGCGCGUUUGGAUCGUCGCCUUUGACUAACGCAGGGGGCGUUAUCGCGGACAUGUUCCCGGCGAGUGAACGAGCCCUCGCGAUGAGUAUGUUUGCAGCGGCUCCAUUUCUAGGCCCUGUUCUUGGCCCUAUUAUCGGCGGAUUCCUAGGCAUGAAGGCGGGCUGGCGCUGGGUGAUGGGUCUUACGGGUGCCUUUGCCGGGGCCGUCUUGAUCAUGGGCUCUUUGCUCAUUCCCGAGACAUAUGCGCCGGUCCUCUUGCGCCACCGAGCAGCCAAGCUGUCUGCGAUAACGGGACAGAUAUAUCUCAGUAAGGCUGAGAUUGAACAAGGAAAGCCUGACCUGAGAAAAUCAUUCAAGAUUGCACUUUCACGCCCGUGGGCGCUCCUAUUCCGGGAGCCUAUCGUCUUUCUACUCUCAUUAUACUUGGCAAUCAUUUACGGAACACUAUUCAUGUUAUUCGCUGCAUAUCCAAUUAUCUUCCAGCAGGUUCGAGGCUGGAAUCAAGGCGUGGGAGGCCUUCCAUUUCUCGGCAUCAUGGUGGGCAUGUUACUUGCCGUCGUAUACACGAUCCUCGACAACAAUAUGCGUUAUGUGAAGACUGAGAAGCGCCACGGCGGCGCUGCACCCCCUGAGGCUAGAUUGCCGCCUUGUAUACUGGCGUCGAUCACGAUACCGGUGGGAUUGUUCUGGUUUGCAUGGACGAAUUCACCUUCGGUCCAUUUCAUGGCCUGUAUCAGCGCUGGCGCCCCGUUUGGGUUCGGAAUGGUCCUUAUUGUAUUAGGAGUCAUGAACUACCUCAUCGACGCAUAUACAAUCUACGCGGCAUCAGUUCUAGCGGCCAAUUCGGUCAUGCGGUCUUGCUUCGGAGCGGCCUUUCCCAUGUUUACGAAGUACAUGUAUGAAUCGCUAGGGAUUCACUGGGCCUCGUCGAUACCGGCUUUCCUAGCACUGGCUUGCAUGCCGUUCCCGUUCUUGUUUUACAAGUAUGGGGCGGCUAUUCGGAAGCGUUGCAAGUAUGCGGCCGAGUCUGAGGCCUUCAUACGCAAGUUACAGGAGCAGGUCCAGCAGCAACCAACAACCAUGGAACCAAAAGAAUCUGCUCGAGAAAGCACCGCAUCAGAGCCGGACGAGAUAAUUGGGGAGAGCGACAAGACGGCCAAGGCGUAG